AUGAAUAGAACAUUUACACCAACGAAUUCCGUUAACAUUGAGCCAAGGCGAACAAAGCAGACCGAUGUACCUACGGCCAAAAACGAAUGUAACGUGUUCGAGAUGAUGAGUGAGUUUCGAUUAGAAAUGAAGAAUGAGUUGGAUAAGCAAAUACAGGCAUAUAAACAACUCGAAAACAAAUUUAUCCGUUCAGAAGCAGAGAUAAUUAAAGUACAAAGUAUAUUGAACGUAGUUCAAGAAAAGGCGAGUAAAGUAGAUUUUUUAGAAAAUAAAAUAAAGAUAGGGAUAGAAAAAAACGAAAGGCUGGAAUCUCGUCAAUCAGCGACUAAUAUUAAAAAUACUAGAGAAGCAACUCAGUUAUCACCAGUACUACCAAAGUCAUUUGCAAGUACUGUCAAAGAAAAUUAG